AUGUUGCGCAUGCAAAUGAAUCUGUUUGCCACGAGGCGGACAACGUCGGUCCUUGCGUCCUCGUUUGCGAACCUCAGCAUCACCGGCCGACGAGCUUUCACAAACGAUGCUGGCCAGCUCGACGACGCCGAUAUCGACGACUCACCCGCCAUUGCAAACACACUCGGCAAGACCAAGGCACACGCCAUCAACCUGCGUACCUACAAGCCUCGAACUCCCGGUGUUCGUCACUUGCGCCGUCCCAUCAACGACCAUCUCUACAAGGGCCGCGCUUUUCUGCCCCUAACCAUUCCCAAGAAGGGCCACGGCAAGGGUGGCCGUAAUGCACACGGCUGCGUCACUGUCCGCCAUCGUGGUGGUGGUGCCAAGCGCCGAAUCCGUAUCAUUGACUUUGUUCGCAAGAGACCCGGCCCUCAUCUGGUUGAGCGCAUCGAAUACGACCCUGGACGAUCUGCACAUAUCGCUCUUCUGACUGAAAAGGCGACUGGCCAAAAGUCGUACAUUAUUGCCGCUGAAGGACUCCGCGCUGGUGAUGUUGUACACAGCUACCGCUCUGGUAUCCCGCAAGAUUUGCUCGACAGCAUGGGCGGUGUUGCGGAUCCUGGUAUCCUGGCUGCCCGUACCGCUUUCCGUGGCAACUGUCUGCCCAUGCACAUGAUUCCCGUCGGAACACAAAUAUUCUGUGUGGGAUCCGCAGCCAAGCGCGGCGCCGUGUUUGCGAGAAGCGCCGGCACCUCCGCCACAUUGGUCAACAAGAAUGAGGAAAUGAGAGCUGACGGUACGAGGGUCAUGACGAGUAAAUACGUCGAUAUCCGCCUCAGAAGCGGCGAAAUCCGUCGUGUGAGCAAGGAUGCUGGUGCUACCAUUGGCGUUGCAAGCAAUGUCAACCACCAGUUUAGACAAAUCGGCAAGGCUGGUCGAAGCAGAUGGCUCAACAUCCGCCCCACGGUCCGUGGUGUUGCCAUGAACAGAGUUGAUCACCCUCACGGUGGUGGCCGAGGUAAGUCAAAGUCGAAUCGCCAUCCCGUCACGCCAUGGGGCAAGCCCACCAAGAGUGGUUACAAGACCCGCCGCACCAGCAACAUCAACAAGUACGUUGUUGUGGCUCGCCCGAGAAACCACGGCAAGCGCCGCACCAAGAGCUCCUAG